AUGGACUCUAUUCCUGUCAAGGCGGCAGCUGUGAACCAGGUUGAUUCCACAGACUCAGCACCUGCGAACCAGCAGGUACUUGACCUCCUACAGUCGAUACAACAGAAUCAGCAGCGCCUUGAACAGCGACUGGGAGAGCUUGAGCGAAACCAGGGCGGGGCGUCACAGAGCGGGGACGCAACUGCUCAUCAUGAUACACUACCCAGUACAGCCCACGACGAGACGUUCGUCGGCGCGAUAGAUCAGGGCACGACAAGCUCCCGAUUCUUGAUCUUCAACAAGGAGGGAGAACCGGUCGCUUCUCACCAGAUAGAGUUCAAACAAAUAUAUCCGCACCCAGGAUGGCAUGAACAUGAUCCCGAAGAGAUCGUUACAUCCGUGCAAUUGUGCAUGGACGAGGCCGUCAAGCUGUUCAAACGCCGCGGCUACUCCCGCGACAGCAUCAAAGCCAUCGGCAUCACCAACCAGCGCGAGACGACCGUGGUCUGGGACAAGAACACCGGCGAGCCUCUCUACAACGCCAUCGUCUGGACGGAUACCCGUUCCGCGGCGCUGGUCAGAGAGCUGAAGACCCGCUCGGGCGCCGACAAGCUUCAGGACAAAUGUGGCUUGCCGCUCUCAACCUACCCCUCCGUCUCGAAGCUGCUGUGGAUGCUCGAGAAUGUGGAUAAAGUAAAGCAGGCGUACGAGAACGGCACCCUCGCUUUUGGCACUAUUGACGCAUGGCUCGUCUACAAGCUGAACGGCGGUCCUCAGGGCCGUGAUGGUGGCGUCUUUGUCUCGGAGCCAACGAACGCAUCGCGGACUAUGUUCAUGAACUUGGAGACGCUCGACUAUGACAACAGUCUGAUCGACUUCUUCGGCCUCAAACGGGACAACAUCCGUCUCCCGAACAUCAUUCGCUCAUCCGACGCCGAGGCUUAUGGAUCCAUCGCAUCCGGAUCUCUGACAGGCGUGUCAAUCACCGGAUGUCUUGGCGAUCAAUCUGCGGCUCUUGUCGGCCAGAAAGGCUUUACCCCAGGACUAGCCAAGAACACCUACGGCACCGGCUGCUUCCUGCUGUAUAAUGUGGGCGAGAAGCCAGUCAUCUCGAAGCACGGCCUGCUGGCAACUGUAGCGUUCAACUUCGACGGCAAGCCUAUCUAUGCGCUCGAGGGAAGCAUUGCCGUAGCAGGCCAAGGUAUCAAGUUCCUCCAGAACAAUCUUGGUCUCAUUUCGUCAUCUGCAGAGAUCAAUGACUUGGCUGCUUCUGUGGAGGACAACGGCGGAUGCAUAUUCGUGACUGCUUUCAGCGGCUUGUUCGCGCCAUACUGGAUCGAUGAUGUCCGGGGUAGCAUACUCGGCAUAACACAGUACACUCAGAAAGGCCACGUCGCUAGAGCGACACUCGAGGCGACAUGUUACCAGACAAAGGCGAUCCUGAAUGCCAUGGAGAAGGAUAGCGGCAAAGCUCUCACCGAGCUAGCAGUUGACGGCGGCAUGAGCAACUCAGAUCUCUGCAUGCAGACACAAGCGGAUCUCAUCGGCAUACCCGUAAUCCGCCCAAAGAUGCGAGAAACCACCGCGCUCGGCGCCGCGAUCGCCGCAGGAUUCGCUGUGGGCGUCUGGAAGAGCUUUGAUGAAUUGAAAGAGCUGAAUCGCGUCGGUAGCACUACCUUGGAACCGAAGAUGCCCGCUGAGAAGAGCGCGGAAAUGUUUGAGCGCUGGGAGAAGGCUGUUAAGACUUGCUCUGGGUUUGUGUGA